AUGUUAGCAGGAGCCGGGUUUUGGACAAUCAGAGGAUUGGAAGACAGCUUCAUACACAUACUCAGAAGAUGUAAUAAAACAAGGGAGUUGAAAACAAUACACGCCCAAAUGGAGAAGCUUUCACUGACGCAGAGCAAUUUCUUGGUCACAAGAAUGUUGGACAUCUGCGACCAAAAUGGAUCAAUCAAUUACGCAACGAUGCUCUUUCACCAAAUCUGUGAGCCCAACAUUUUUCUUUACAACGCUAUGAUUAGAGCCUAUACUCACAACAGCAUGUAUGCACAAACCAUCAACGUGUACAAGAAAAUGCUAACCCACCAUUUGCAAGCCGAAGACCAGAUUUUUCCCGACAGAUUCACUUACCCAUUCGUGAUUAGGUCCUGCGGAGCUCUUACGAGCGUUUGGUCCGGAAAACAGAUUCAGGGACAAAUUUAUAAAUUCGGGUUAACUUGCAAUAACCUGAUAGAGAGCUCUUUGCUGGACAUGUACGUGAAAUGUGACCAAAUCAUCGACGCCCACAAAGUGUUCGACGAAAUGUCCGAAAGAGACGUGAUUUCUUGGAACAGCCUCAUUUCUGGGUACGCAAAGUCGGGCCGAAUCAGAAAGGCCCAAUCGCUAUUCAAGAAAAUGCCUAACAAAACAAUCGUCUCGUGGACAGCCAUGAUUUCCGGGUACACCAAAGCCGGGCUUUUUAACGAUGCCACGAACGCGUUCAAGAAAAUGCAAGCAAACGGGCUUCAGCCAGACUGGAUCAGUCUAGUCUCUGUUCUGCCAGCUUGCGCGCAAUCGGGCUCUUUAGAGCUCGGAAAAUGGAUCCAUUCUUACGCGGCCCAAAAAAGUCACUUGAAAAAGACUUGCGUGUCGAAUGCUUUAAUCGAGAUGUACACAAAAUGCGGCUUCGUGGGUCCCGCGCUACAAAUUUUCAAUGAUAUGUCCGAACGAGACGUAGUCUCGUGGAGCACAAUGAUAACCGGGCUGGCCCACCACGGAAGGGCUCAUGAGGCAAUUCGACUAUUUGGUGAAAUGAAUCGGGCCCGCAUAGACCCAAAUGAGGUUACGUUUGUGGGCCUCUUGUCAGCAUGUGCCCAUGUGGGCCUAUUAGAGGAGGGUUUAAGUUAUUUUGAGUCAAUGGGUAGUGUAUAUAACAUAGAGCCCGGGAUUGAGCAUUACGGGUGCAUGGUGGACCUUAUGGGCCGAACGGGCCAUAUUGAUCGGGCUUUGAAGCUUAUAAAGAGCAUGAAAGUUGAGCCAGACUCUGCUAUAUGGGGUUCGUUGUUGAGCUCGUGUAGGACUUAUCGGGAUUUGGAAACUGCGGUUUUGGCAAUGGAGAAGUUGUUGGUGCUCGAGCCUGAGGAUAUGGGAAACCUUGUGUUGCUUGCGAAUAUAUAUGCGGAUGUAGGGAAGUGGGAAGAAGUUUCGAGGAUGAGAAGGUUUAUUAGGAGUCGGAGGAUGAAGAAAACGCCAGGGUGUAGCUCGAUUGAGGUCGAUGGCGUGAUGGAAGGAUUUGUGUCGGGAGAUGAUUCGAAGGCGUUUAGUGAGGAUGUUUUUGGUGUUUUGGAGGUUUUGGCAUUGCAUCAGUUGGAAAGAGAUGACUGGGUUGAGGUUUUGUGA